UUUUAGUUUAGCACUAUGUUGGUUGCAGUAACUCUUAAAAUACAGUAACCCUAAAAGUCACUGAUUCCCUCACUCCAACACUACCGCCACGCCGGUGCUUCCCCUUCUUCCUGUUCCGUCAACCAGUCACUGCCAGUGCCAGCUUGCUAGCUUGAUUUUGUUAGCUUUUUGAAGAAGGGAUACUUGGUUGGUCCCUCGUUACUAAUUCUUCAUCAAUUUGUAUUUCAUGCUGCUCUCAACUGUUUUUUCCUUUAAUUCCUUCAAUGAUGAUUAUCUAUAAUAAAAGGAGCAUAUGCAAAUGUACCUGAACAUUUUUGAAAUUUGAGAAAUAGACGCUGUUUGAAAUUUUCUUCUAUUAGCUGGCUGACAUACUUGGCAGUGUUUUUAGAGUCCAUAUUUAAAUUGUGGUUUCUCUUCACCCCUGCAUUGCACUCACAUAGGCUAAAAUACACUACCGGAAGAUAUCUUCGCGUGAGCUGGGGUGAUUCAGAGCAAUGUAGGGGGCAGGAGAAGAGGAAUUACCUAUUUAAACCGUGGUUUUAGCCUGUCCGGAAAAUCCUGUAACUUGGUUGGGCUGGUUUGAAUUGGCCAGGUAGCCUGUUUUGACAGGUCUAGAAGAGCAAUUACCUAUCUAGAUUGUGUUUUGGGCUGGUUUGAAUUGGCCAGGUUCAAAUAGAAAGUUGUCGGGACUUCUAAAAAGUCGUUGAUUCUACAUUUUGCUCUUAUUUCUCCAUCAAAUGGAAAGUAAAUCUUCCGGUUCCGCUACAAAUUUGGUAGAUCAAUUAGUGUAUCCUGGAGAUGUGGUUCUUGACCUCUCUAGCAUGACAAACCAGACUAUUAAGCUUGGAGGCGGUCUACGUCAGGACUGUGAUGUGAUUUCUGUAAUGAAGGCUGGCAGGCUUAGGUUCUCCAAGCCUAAUAAAUACUGGGUUGAAAGUUCUCAAAAGAGGUAUGUGCCCCAUGCAGAGGAUUCGGUUCUUGGAAUAGUUGUUGACUCCAGAUCAGAUAACUUUCUGGUGGAUAUAAAAGGACCUGCUAUAGCAUUUCUACCUGUGCUUGCAUUUGAAGGAGGAACAAGAAGAAAUAUACCUAAGUUUGAGGUGGGUGCUUUGCUUUAUGUGCGGGUUGUUAAAGCAAAUCCUGGAAUGAAUCCUGAGUUGUCAUGCACUGAUGCCAGUGGGAAAGCAGGACAGUAUGGUGUCCUAAAAGAAGGCUAUAUGUUCGAGUGUUCGACUGGUCUCUCACGGAUGCUUCUCAGCUCUCCCACAUGUCCAGUACUUGAUACUUUAGGGAAGAAACUCUCUUUCGAGAUAGCAGUUGGCUUAAAUGGACGUGUUUGGGUCAAUGCCUCGUCUCCACCUACAACCAUCAUCGUAGCUAAUGCACUUAUAAACUCAGAGCCAUUGAGUGGUGUCCAACAGAAGAUAAUGGCUGAAAAGCUGCUUCAGAGGGUCCAGUGACCAAGUUAGUCGUCCGUGUAUAAUUUUGAGUUGAAGUUCACUGUGAUACCAAAUGCUGAUGCUUCUGCAGGCGAGCACUGUCUGUGAGACUACAACAACUAGCUAAGUGCAGAAAUGAUUUUCAGCAGCUUGACUGUUUAAUACAAGUUACAUGGAAUUUAGAUAGAAUGAUAUGAUAUGUUAUACAUUUCUAGGAGUUUAAUUUUCCGGUUAUAUUGAUUGCCUCCACAAAAUAUUUGACCGAAGAUCAAUCCUUAUCUUUGUUAUUUACAGUAUAUUCUUCAUUUAUAGGCAUACAGUACUAGCAAGUAGCAAUAUUUGUCUAAUUUAAAAAGACCGUUACAAUUUUUAUAUAUUUGACUAAAAAACACAAAUCUAAAUUGAAGUUAAGUAGAAUGUAAUUUGAUGGAA